AUGAAGGUCAGAAAGAAGCAGUCUAAGAGGACGUCCACCAGGAUGAGAGAAGGGAUCAAGAAAAAGGCCGCUGCUCAGAACAGAAAAGAGAGAAAACAUGCGAAGAAGGAUGUAACGUGGAAAUCUAACAAGAAUAAAGAUCCAGGUAUCCCAGCCAAUUUUCCUUACAAGGGCAAGAUUUUGGAGGCUAUCGAGGCUCGCAGACAACAAGAAAUCGAGGAAAAAGAAGCCGAUAAGCAAAACAAGUUGGAGCUCAAAAGGCAAGCGGCCGAAAACGGCGAAGAGCUGAUGGAGGAAGACAUGGACGCUGGUAAUGCUGGUGGCGAUAACAGCCUCGCUGCUCUUGUCGAGUCUGCCCAGCAAGCUGCCGCUGAUUUCAACGGUGGCAGAGGUGCUGCUGCUGAAGGUAUUGACACAGCACCUCAAGAGGUAGUAGAGUACGACAUUGACUUUUAUGCCAGUGACGAAGAUGAAAGCGGAGAGUCUACCACAGAAAUGGAGAAGUCCAGGAAGGCUUAUGAUAAGAUUUUCAAGACAGUGGUGGACGCGUCAGAUGUGGUGCUUUACGUUCUUGAUGCACGUGAUCCUGAAGGUACACGCUCUAGAAGGGUAGAAGAGGCUGUGCUUCAAAGCCAAGGCAAAAGAUUGAUUUUGAUUUUGAAUAAGGUCGAUUUAAUUCCACCCUUCGUCUUAGAACAGUGGAUGACGUUUCUAAAAUCCAGCUUUCCUACUAUUCCAUUGAAGGCUGCCCCUGGCGCCACCAAUGCCUCUUCUUUCAACAAAAAGCUGAGUCAAAGUGGCACCGCCAGUGCUUUGUUAGAAAGUCUGAAGACUUAUGCUAACAACUCCAACUUCAAAAGGUCGAUCGUAGUGGGAGUAAUUGGGUAUCCAAAUGUAGGCAAGUCUUCUGUCAUUAAUGCCUUGACCUCGCGUAGAGGAGGCUUUUCGAAAGUUUGCCCCGUUGGAAAUCAGGCAGGUGUCACCACUUCGCUGCGUGAAGUAAAGAUUGACAACAAAUUGAAAAUUCUCGACUCUCCUGGUAUUUGCUUCCCUAGUGAUACUGUUAAGAAAAGCAAGAAGGAGCAGCACGCAGAAUUGGCUCUUCUUAACGCUUUGCCCCCCAAGUUUAUUGUUGAUCCAUACCCAGCAGUCUUGAUGCUUGUGAAAAGGUUAUCAAAAUCUGAGGAAAUGACCGAAGCCUUUAAAAGGCUAUAUGAGCUUCCCCCCAUUCCAGCCAACGACGCGGAUUCUUUUGCGAAACAAUUUUUAAUUCACGUCGCUCGUAAGAGAGGAAGAAUCGGUAAAGGUGGUGUUCCAAAUCUAAAUAGCGCUGGUCUCUCUGUACUGAACGAUUGGAGAGACGGAAAAAUACUUGGUUGGGUUUUGCCAAAUUCUUCGAAGGACACUUCCAAAAUUGCAACGUCCACUCAGGUCAGUGGCACUGGUUCUUCUAAAGCGCCAAAGAUUGUCGAGCAAACAGCCAUUGUCAGUGAAUGGUCCAAGGAAUUUGAUCUUGACGGUUUGUUUGCAUCUUUAGAUAAUGCUAUUGCGAGCGAAGAUACUGACAUGAACUGA